UUGUGGUUAUGUUACUUCUGUGAUAAGCCCGGCCCAUUACUUAUUUUGGCACCAGAGGAGAGACGGAGAUAGAGGCGCUGAAGCAGCAAGUGGUCAUAUGAAAUGCAAAGAAGAUAAGGUUUGGCUGAAACGUUUUCAGAGCUCUAACAAUGGCUCUGUCUCAUUCCACUAUUGUUUCACAUAGUUGUACUCUUCCACUGUGUAGAUAUUCAAAGCUUCAUCUUCUGAGCCAACCUUCUUAUUUGCCACUUCAUUUCAAUAAAAACGUAAAGAGAUUAGAAUCUUUUCAUCUUCCACCUCCAUCAGCUGCAGCAGCUGCUUCAUCCUACUUUCCAAUCGAUGUUGAGUAUCUCAAGCGAGAGUUCUCUGGCCAUGGAGCCACUUUCGAGGAUAUUGGUGAGACAUGUGUCGCCAAACUGAAACUAGACAAUGGAAGUUCAGCCAAUGUGAUGCUGACACGUGGCAUGGUGACAUCGUACAAAGUCAAAGUCUGGCACGGAGGCAAAGUGGAGCUUCUCCACACAUGGGUGGAACAAGAACAAGAACAGGAAGAAGUAGUGAUAAGAGGAGGUGUUUCAUCAGCAUUUAGCUCAUCAGAUGACACUGAAGAAUGGAGUCUCCAUGGUAUCACUGGAGAUUCAGAGAAUUGUGUUCAAGUGGAACUGAGAAGAAGUGACAAGAAGAUCAAAGAGAUUGAGAUGAAACAGAUUAUAACUCUGAGAGGAGACACUCUAAGUAUUGAGCUUUGUGUGACAAACAAAGGAGUUUCACCAAUCAGUAUUAAAGGCUGUUCGCUUGUAAGUUAUCUGACAGUGAGCACACCAGAAGCUACCUAUGCAGUUGGGUUGGAAGGUUCAGAUUUUGUGGAGAAGACUCCUUUUCUCCCUCGUUUCGGUUUGGUUCAAGGCGAAGAGGAAGAAGAAGAUAAAUAUGGGUUGAGUGGGGAAGAAGAGAGCAACUACAAACAGUUGAGUGAAGAGAUGAGUAGGAUUUACACACUUGCUCCAAGUAGCUUCACUAUUAUUGACAGGGGAAGAAGGAACUCAGUGGUAGUGGGAAGAGAAGGGUUUGAGGAAGUGUAUAUGUACAGCCCUGGUUCCAAACUUGAGAGUUACACAAAGUCUGCUUAUGUCUGUAUUGGACCAUCUUCAUUGCUAAACCCAAUCUCUUUGGAUCCUGGCUGUGUUUGGAGAGGUGUGUUGCAUAUUCACAAUCCUAAUUCCUGAGGGUUUUCAUGAGCUGACUUUAUUAUAAAAAGUCUGUAAAGAGUAUAAUCAAUUUUUAACAGACUUUCUUAGCAAGAAAACGUGAAAAUUAAAUUGGACACAACAAAAUAUUUGGUAUU